AUGCGUUACUUGCUAAAGAGCUUUGCCUUUUACAAAACACCUAUGGCUCGGUCUCUUGCUAUGGAAUUCAACAAUGGCUCUGGCUACUCGAAACGUUUGGGAAGCCCCUAUUUUUACUUGUAUCGGUGUAAGAACGGUCUUUGCAGAGUUAAACGAAAACGGUUAUUUGACAAUCCAUGGAAAGAAGUAUCGGAUAUCGACUUACGUCUUGAUUCCGAGAUAUCCCUAGGGAAAGGGCUUUGUAGAGGGCUAUUCGCCGAGUUUCGUGUUAGGGGCGGGGCAUCCCACGUAAGACUUGUAAGAAUAGCUUUUUCUGCUUCUCCUUUGUAG